AUGGUCCUUAAGUCAGGUCACGACUCAGGCCUGCAGCAGCUCAGCCCUCAGCAAGCCAUCAACUCCAGCUUUGAGGGGAUGACACAAUGCACCAGCGUGUACCAUGCAAUGAUUUCUCCCUCCGACACAAGCAGAAGGGGCCGAGUGGAGAUGCGAAGCAGCUGCUUUGCUUUUCACCGGCACCCUGACCCUGUUCAGACCCAAAACAGUCAGCAGCCUGUCCUCUGGGCCUGCCGGGCAGCCCAAAGCCAGAGCAGCCCCGCGUCCCCGGAAGCUCAGGCUCUCGGGCGCCGGGCUGCGGCGUUCUGGGAGGUCGCUCUGAGCGCUCCGCGGCCCGGCCCACCGCAUCACUCACGACCGGUCCCCACCGGGCCGCCCCGGUCCCUGGAAGACAGAGGGUACUCUCCAAGGCAGCAAUUACCAGCCACGACCUUUUGGGUUUUGAGGCUGCUUCCUAGGAAUAUCCGUUCCUUGGCUACAUCAUCAGAGAAUCAGAGAGUUGAGGAUUGCCACCAGCACCACGAGGCCUAUGGGUACUUCUUGCUCAUCCAGACGAGGUGGCAGAACAAUGACCAGCACGGCCGUGGGAACAAUGCUGUGUACUACAGCUACUUAGACACGAUCAUCAACCCGUACCCGAUGAGGUUACUUACUGAAGAGUGGUUGCCUCAGUCAGAAGACCUCCUUGCUGACCAGAACCUCUCCAAGCUCCUGUUAGAAGCUCUGGCAUGUUUUCCAGAAAGCAGGAUCUCAACUCAUCCCAUAGUCCAUGGACCUGCAUGGGAACAGUGUCCUGGGUGGUCACCACGGCCAGGGGCCAUGCUUCGAAGGCUGCUGCUCCUUUGCUCCAUCACCCACUGCAGCGGAGCAGACCCUGCCAACCACACUGCAGAACGUGUGCAUCGAGUUGUUUCAGGAACUAUUUGUCACGAGGCUGCUCUGUGCCUUGCGUUAGGUUGGGUGUGGUCAGGGACACAGGGGGCAUAGAAGGCAUGGCCCCCACCCUCCAAGAGCUUCAAGGUAACUUGUAGAAUCAAGUUAUCAUACAUGGAAGUCAGAUGAGAACUUGAGCUCCAAGUGGCAGC